GCUGUAGGAGGCCGACCGAGUUUCAUCUCGGUCGGCUUGCGGUGUACAGGAUAGGGCGUGCCCGAAUGCUCCUUCACACUCACGCAUUCUUGUAUUUAGCGCGAGGAUUUUUGCACCGAUAUAAACAUCACAUCCUUAGUCGCGCUCUGGAGUAUCGGCCCCGGCAGGCUCGUCGACAUCGUGCCGCUUGGGGUUAGGUCAAGCCAGUCAAUCAAGCCCGGGAACGGGGAUGACCAACUGCUGAAGGGCGACUUCCUAGAGCUGCAGCGGGGGCCAAAUGCCGCUCACACAACACGAUGCGCGGCGCGACGCCCAGGCGCGCCUGACCUACGAGCCCUUGGUGUCGAACCUAGCAUAUGUCUUCAUGGCGAGGAUGGUGUCAGGUAAAGCCAGCGCGGGGGACACGCAGAACAGCAGGCCAGCUAACAAGUUCCUGCGCGAGAAGCCCGAGAACGCCGAGCUGGUGAAACGGCUCCUCAAAGCCUGUAACAAGGAGCACGACCCUCAGCAAUUUGUAGAUGCGGCUGAUGACAACUACGCGCUGCGGCAAGGCUUCGCACACAACAAGUCGGACGCGUGGCUGAGGCGGACCGCUGAGGACCUGCGGACUGUCGGUGCCCUGGACAUGUUCCAAAAGACACACCCUUUCCAGUGCAUGAUUAUUGAGCACAUGAACGCCUUGCUGGCCGCGCUGUGAGCGGAACGACGAGGCUUAUGAUGAGCAUCCCGCGCGUGCUGGCGAGGUGGCCGUGCUGCGCUUCCUGCACCGGCUCGCUGGGCUGCGCGCUGGGGCCCGUGACUGGUUGCAUGUUCGUGCGGCUGGGAUGUACACGGCCGCAUAGCAGCAGCCGUCGGACGCAGCGGUCGUGAGCUGCUGCUUCUGGGUGCGGGUGUGAUUGCUGCUGACGAGCUCCUGGUGUGCAUCUGGAUGUGCGGCAGCGCCGUCAAUUGGUGCAGCACAGCCGCCACUGCAACCGCUGCUCCCACGGCUGCUGCUGCUGCUGAUGUUGGCGGCCGGCAGGGCCCGCUUGGGGAAACGACGGCAGGCUGACCGUGCCAGCAGACGGUGCCGAUGUGGAGCCCGGCCCGCAGGGCCCGCUGCGGAUGUGGGUUCGGGGGCGGGUGAUGAGCCCUGCCAGCCCUGCCGUGUGCCGUGUAGCACCGCCCCUCCCGAGCUUUGUUGGGCACGGGGGGCCGCGGACAAUGGGUGAUGUGUGCUGUUACCGUACUUGUUUUGGCGCACAAUUCAAACUUGAGGCUGAUACAGUGUGUGAAUGGCAAUUAGGAGCACAGGUGUGUGGAUAGCACAGGUGUGCAACGCACUAAGCAUACUACUCAUCUGGCAAACAUGCACGAUAGUCGAUAGACUGGGGAGGAAGGGAGCUGCUGAGCGCGCGGUCUUCCAGUGCAGCGCCCCAGGGAUGGCAAGAAUCCCUGCCAAGCUGGUCCCACUAGGCGUGUCAGGGCAAGAGUCGCAGAGUGAGUCCGCGGUGACUACACAGCAGAAGCGCAUGGCUGGUCGAACGCCGGAGUUACUGUACCGACAAGUUGCUGGCUGGCUCGUAGAGUUUGCUGACGCGCAGUCCUCACGCUCGGGGCGCCCGGCCAGGCGAUAGCACCACGCAGACAUUGUGCGACCUAGCGCACCCACAUUUGGUACCACUGCACCUUCAAACAGGCGACCGA